AUGGAAUUCGGAUUAUCACUGAAAGACAGUGAAGAAGGAAUUAGAAUUGAUCCAUCAUUUGCUGUUUAUUUUGAACAAAAACGAUGGGAUGAUUGUAUAAAAGAAUGUGAAAAAGCUAUAGAUAUUGGACGCGAAAAUAAAGCUGAUUAUAAAUUUAUUGCCAAAGCUUAUGCUCGUAUGGGAAAUGUAAAAGUACAAGAAAAAAACUAUCAAGGAGCUAUUAAAUAUUUCAAUCGAUCACUUUUGGAAGAUCGAAAUCCGGAUAUAAUAAAAAGAAAACAAGAAAUUGAAAAGAUCCUUAGAGAACAAGAAGAACUAGCUUAUAUUAAUCCAGAAUUAGCUGAACAAGAAAAGAUUAAAGGACAUGAAUUUUUUCAACAAGCUGAUUAUCCAAGUGCACUUAAACAUUAUACAAAUCCAUCAGAUGCAAGACUUUAUUCGAAUCGAGCAGCUUGUUUUAUAAAACUAAUGGAAUUCGGAUUAGCAUUGAAAGACAGUGAAGAAGGAAUUAGAAUUGAUCCAACAUUUGUUGAAUGCUAUGUUCAUAAGGGUCAUGCUUUAAUGGCUAUAAAAGAUUUUUCUCAGGCUAUGACUGCCUUUAGUAAAGCUCUUGAAAUUCAUCCAAAUAAUCAAGAAGCAAUGGAAGGUUAUCAACAAUGUACAAUUGGAUCAAGUGAUGAUUCUGAAGAAGUUCGUAAACGUGCACUCGCUGAUCCUGAAAUUCAACAAAUUCUUGGUGAUCCCAGUAUGUGUUUAAUACUUGACCAAAUGCAAAAUGAACCUCUAGCAAUACGUGAACAUUUACGAAAUCCUGUUAUCGCACAAAAAAUUCAAAAAUUAAUGAAUGCUGGUAUUAUUGCUAUUCAUCAUGUUUAA